AUGGCGCCGCCAAUAGAGAAGGGAGGUGCUGUAAAUAGCAUAACGGAGCUCAACGUCGUCCAGAGAAGGGGCGGCGACCGCCAUCGUCAUGGUUCUACUGAUGAAGCAACUGCCAGCAAAGAAAAGCAUGGGGGAGCAGACAAUUCACAUUUGCAACCUGACAUGAAAGUAGACCAGACUGUCACUGGCUAUCGCUACUCUGUUGCUCCUCUUCUGUCAAAACAUGUAAAGGAAGAACAACUGUCGCUACUGCUCCUACUUUCAGAUGCAUUGAACCUGCAGAAAAGCGAAAAGAAGUACUGUAUUUUCUCUAUUAAGUUCUACACUAAAUUAGAACAGAAACAUCAUUCUAUGGAAGCAGAGAAAAUGCAAUUCGAAGCUAGGAUGAGGGAGGAGCAAGAGGAAGCUCUUAAGGAAUUCAGAAAGAACUUGAAUUUCAAAGCAAACCCUGUUCUGAGGUUCUAG